AUGUCAUUAGAGGAUACGAUAACGAAACUCUCUCUUUAUGAUGCUAAGAAAUACUUCAGAAAGGCUCAAAAUGUGGUCUUUAACUAUACUGAAAUGGAGGCGAAAGUGAGAGAGGCCACGAACAAUGAGCCAUGGGGCGCUUCUUCAACCCUUAUGGAACAUAUUGCUCAGGGGACCUAUAAUUAUAGAGAAAGAGAAGAGAUUUUGGGAAUGAUAUUUCGACGUUUCACUGAGAAGACAGCCAGUGAAUGGAGACAGAUUUACAAGGCGUUACAACUAUUGGAAUAUUUGGUCAAGCAUGGUAGUGAGAGGUUUAUUGACGAUGUACGCACGAACCUGAAUUUGGUAAAGAUGCUGGAAAGUUUCCAUUACAUUGACUCGCAGGGAAGAGACCAAGGGAUCAAUGUGAGGAAUAGAGCCAGUCAGCUAGUUAAGCUACUAGAGAGCGAUGAACAGAUCAGACAAGAAAGAAAGAAGGCCAGAGAGACUUUAAAGAAAUACAAAGGCGUUGCUGGAGGUGUAGUUUCUGGGUCAGGAGCAAACAUAAAUUCCCGUGCCGGAUAUACAAAAUCUACUAGCCAUGGGAUCUCGGUAAGUGCCGAUUUCGACAGUGACGAUGACGAAGGCUACCAAAAGCCCUUGCCCUACGGUCAGGAUAAUGGAAACGGAAUGCGUGCCUCAACAGAAGAGUACCAGCCUAAAAUUAACGAAGAAACUUCGGACUUAUUCGAUUUCCAGGACACACCAGGCCCGGUGAGUCAAAGUAGGGACACCAACGGGAAUGGGAUCUCUUCUCAUGACAACAAUGAAGCAGAAGAUGAUGAUGAGGAAGAUGAGUUCGCUGAAUUCCAGAGUGCAACACCAUCCGCCUCCACAAAGAAAUCAGGCGGGUUGGAUGACUUGAUCUUCUCCAACAACAACUCUUUCGCAACACCGUCGCACACUUAUGUCCCAUCUGCAACAGUAACUCCUGCUAUUGCAGAAACCUCCAAAAAUUCUGAUCCAUUCGGAUCCUUGUUUUCAUCUGCAAAGAAUGAACCGUUUAAGGCUGCUCCCAAACCUAAACAGCCUCAACUAAAUGCCAAUACCAACAACGCUUCAAAAGAUACAGAUUUGUUCGGCGAUUUAAAGCCUGCGCCUAAAUCCCCUGCUGCUCCAGCAACAAAUAACAAAUCUGAAGAAAUUGACUUGCUUAGCUUCUAA